GGAUGGUGCUGUGUCUGAGGACUCCAGCUGCUCUGAUGAUAGCCUAAGAAGACUGCAUGCUGUUCCCUCCCAGCGCCAAGCCAGGCCCAUUCCGAACCUUGGAUCUCAGUCCUUCAUGGAGACCAGCUCCCAGCAGGAAAUUGGCACCCAGAUGGUUCCUCCAUGUGAAGUUGUCUCUGGCUGUGGGCUGACUAGAGGACACCUGGUGGCCAGGCCAGCCCUUUCUCAGUCAUCCAGGACAGGGCAGCAUGGUGCGGAUUCAGAGGAGGAAGCUUGUGGCAUCUUGCCUGUGCAUGACAGCUACUGUCUUUCUGAUGGUCACCCUGCAGGUAGUGGUUGAACUUGGAAAAUUUGAAAGGAAGAAGCUUAAAAAUGCCCAUUUGCAAGAGGGGCAUCAAAAUGUCAAGGAAGAGCCUAACUAUCUCAAUCCAUUUCCUAAAAAGGAAGCACUAGCCUUGGAUGUGAAGAAUGCAAUGGACAUUGGCAGCUACCCGAUUGUGCUGUGGUGGUCCCCCCUGACUGGAGAGACUGGCAGACUCGGCCAGUGUGGGGCCGAUGCUUGUUUCUUCACCAUCAACCGGACAUUCCAGCAUCAUCACAUGACCAAGGCCUUCCUCUUCUAUGGUACUGACUUUAACAUAGACAGCUUGCCUCUGCCUCGGAAAGCCUAUCAUGACUGGGCCCUUUUCCAUGAAGAGUCCCCCAAAAACAACUAUAAGCUCUUCCAUGAGCCAGUCAUCACCUUAUUCAACCAUACAGCCACGUUCAGCAGGCAUUCCCACUUGCCACUGACCACCCAGUACUUGGAAAGUGUGGAAGUCCUGAAGUCUCUCAGAUACCUAGUUCCUUUGCAGUCUAAAAACAAGCUAAGAGAAAAACUUGCUCCCUUGGUGUAUGUACAGUCAGACUGUGAUCCACCGUCAGACAGGGACAGCUAUGUUCGUGAGCUGAUGGCUUAUAUUGAAGUUGAUUCCUAUGGUCAGUGUUUACAAAACAAAGAGCUUCCUCAGCCAUUGAGAAAUCCAGCCUCCAUGGAUGCUGACAGCUUCUACAGGAUCAUCGCCCAGUACAAGUUCAUCCUUGCAUUUGAGAAUGCAGUCUGUGAGGAUUACAUCACAGAGAAGUUCUGGAGACCACUGAAGCUGGGGGUGGUGCCUGUGUAUUACGGUUCCCCCACCAUCGCAGACUGGCUCCCAAGUAACAGAAGUGCCAUUCUUGUUUCAGACUUUUCUCACCCCAAAGAGCUGGCAAGUUUCCUUCGACAGCUGGAUCGUGACGAUAGAUUGUAUGAGGCCUAUGUAGAAUGGAAGCUGAAGGGUGAGAUCUCUAACCAUCGACUUCUGACAGCUCUGCGGGAACGGAAGUGGGGAGUGCAAGACAUCAACCAGGACAACUACAUUGAUACAUUUGAGUGUAUGGUUUGCCACAGGCUGUGGGAAAACAGUAGGCUCUGGGAGCAGGGCUUACCACCCAAACAAUGGAAGGCAGACGUUAGCCACCUGAGUUGUCCAGAGCCUACCUUGUUCGCCUUCUCAUCUCCAGUGUCUCCGGCCCUGCAUGGGCGAUCGUUGAGAGAUCUGUGGCUGCCCAGCUUUCAGCAGUCUAAGAGGGAAGCCCAAGCACUAAGGUGGCUUCUGGAUAGGAAUCAGAAUUUUUCAUCUGAAGACUUUUGGGCCCUAGUCUUUAAGGACUGAUUUCAAAAGGUACUAGAAUGACAGAAUUAGAUUAAUUUUCUUGGAGGCCUUAAUAUUUGGAGAUAAUAGCUAUUCUGUUGAGUAGCCUUUAGAAUAAGAAUGAAUUGCAAUA